AUGGCUGCCAACAGAACAGCGAAGAAAGGUGACUGGCACACGAUAAAUAUGCCGGUGAAAAACAAAAUAGUGCCGUUAAAUGUCGGCUUUACUGACAAAAAAAUGAAAAAAAUAAAACUUGGUUUUAUUCCGGAGGAAAUGGAGGAGAAAUGGUUUAUAUAUUAUGACGAGGAAGACGAAAGCUUGUAUCUACAUCGCAGUUGGACCGGUUUCUGUGUUUUUAUUGUGAAAUUUAAGAAAAUUGAUAGUGGCUACGCCGCUGUAUCUGCCGUGGUUAACGACGAAGCAGAGCAGUACAAGUGUUCUGGCGAUAUGGAAAACGAGAAACGAGUGUGUCUUAGUGUUAUCGGAGCCACACUGCUUGGUGAAUAUGGUGAUGUAGGCUCCCCUCUGGAGGCUUGGUCUCUCCUUGGUCAACACAGUAUUACACCAAACACGAACUGA